AUGAUGCACUGUGUCCGUUGUCAUUUCCGAUUAAGCCAUCACAAAAGGACAGUAUGGAUCCCACCACUAUUAUGUGCUGUGGCCUUUGUGAUCUACAUUAUUUUCUUCUGUCCAGACUACUCCAAUCCAGUGGAGGUUGUGGAAGUGUUUGAUAAUCGUGUGUGUAUGUGUGGACUUUGUAAGCCAAGUAAGCUAAAGACGCCAUGGUUCGCAAAACGAUUCAAUGCAUCUGUACAACCUUUACUAGCAACAAAGGAUCAAGUGAUUGCGGGUCAUGUUCUAAAAUGGUGGUUGAGUCUCCAAGGAAAAAACAAUGCAAGUGACAUUCCAGGGAUACUUGAUCAGAUGUUCAAGGUUAUACCCAAUGGGAACCCAUAUGAAGAAGUGUAUAACAGGCCGUGUCGAACCUGUGCUGUUGUGGGGAAUUCUGGGAACCUUAAGGGAUCACGCCAUGGGAAAAACAUAGAUUCCCAUAAACUUAUUUUCAGAAUGAACAGAGCUCUCACUUCCGGAUUUGAAAAAGAUGUGGGCUUGAGAACCACUCAUCAUUUUAUGUAUCCAGAAAGUGCCAUGCACCUUUCAAAAGGAGUCCAUCUAGUCCUGGUGCCAUUCAAACUGCAGGAUCUUAGGUGGAUAACCAGUGCUCUCUCCACAGGAGAAAUCAAGUUUACAUACACAAGGGUCAAGCAGUACAUUCAAGCUGAUAAGGACAAGUGUAUUAUCUAUUUUUAG